AUGGGUUUAUUUAAUAAUUAUUAUUUAUAUAACAGACAUGUCAAAGCCAUCAACCCAAUACUGCUGAUUGACAUGUCAACAUCUUUACUGUCCUCCUAUAAUUACUAUUGCUUUCAGUUGCAUUUUAUUUAA